UCCGGCUGCAUAAAGGCAGUUGGCGUCGCCAUCUGCGAUCUUUCCAGUCGCAUGCUGAAGUUGGGAACGGAUCAUGUCUAGCGAUUCUGCUGAUUACAACAGCUCAAAAGAUAGAGACCAUGGGGGGCCAGAUGGAAUGGAGCCUGAUGGUGUCAUCGAGAGCAACUGGAGUGAGAUUACGGACAACUUUGAUGAUAUGAACCUGAAGGAGACACUUCUCAGGGGAAUAUAUGCAUAUGGUUUUGAAAAGCCAUCUGCCAUUCAACAGAGGGCAAUCAUUCCUUGCAUCAAAGGUUACGAUGUCAUUGCCCAGGCCCAGUCAGGCACUGGCAAGACGGCCACGUUUGCCAUCUCUAUCUUGCAGCAGCUGGACGUUGAGCAGAAGGAGACUCAGGCUCUGGUGCUCGCUCCUACCAGAGAGCUGGCUCAGCAGAUCCAGAAGGUCAUUCUGGCCCUGGGUGACUACAUGGGGGCAGGCUGCCAUGCCUGCAUUGGUGGAACCAGUCUCCGUACCGAAAUACAGAAGUUCCAGGCUGAGGCCCCACACAUAGUGGUGGGCACACCAGGACGUGUGUUUGACAUGCUUAGCAGGACAUAUCUGUCUGCCAAGUGUAUCAAGAUGUUUGUUCUGGACGAAGCUGAUGAGAUGUUGAGCCGAGGGUUCAAAGAUCAGAUCUAUGAGAUCUUCCAGAAGCUGAGCACAAACAUCCAAGUGGUCCUGCUCUCUGCCACCAUGCCUGCAGAGGUUUUGGAGGUGACCAAGAAGUUCAUGAGAGACCCCAUUCGCAUCUUGGUGAAGAAAGAAGAGCUUACCCUUGAGGGUAUCAAGCAGUUCUACAUAAAUGUAGAACGCGAGGAGUGGAAGCUGGACACCCUGUGUGAUCUGUAUGAAACACUGACCAUCACCCAGGCUGUCAUCUUCCUCAACACUAGAAGAAAAGUCGACUGGUUGACUGAAAAGAUGCACGCUAGAGACUUCACAGUCUCUGCUCUGCAUGGUGACAUGGACCAGAAGGAGCGUGAUGUGAUUAUGAGGGAGUUUAGGUCUGGCUCGAGCAGAGUGUUGAUCACUACUGAUCUUCUGGCCCGUGGGAUUGAUGUCCAGCAGGUCUCCCUGGUCAUUAACUAUGACCUUCCUACAAACCGAGAGAACUACAUUCAUAGAAUUGGUCGUGGUGGCCGUUUUGGCAGAAAAGGAGUUGCUAUCAACUUUGUCACUGAGGAGGACAAGAGGAUUCUUCGAGACAUUGAGACGUUUUACAAUACAACCGUGGAGGAGAUGCCUAUGAAUGUGGCUGACCUGAUUUGAGCCCUGAGAUUUCAUUUUUUAAACGCAGUGAUAGCGAUCGUCCACUUGCAUUGUGCUUAUAUUAUUCGAGGGGGAAAAAAACUUCUCAAUGCUAAACCUUGAUCAGAAUUUUGGUAUGUGUUAAAAGCGAGGUGUCUUCUAUGGUGGUCCCUUUCGGACAGUUGUAGAUUCUAACCUCGACAGCCGGUUGGUUGGAGCUACAAAGCCAUGGGGUCUGUAAACAAAAAGGUCCUUAUCAGGUAUUUCUUUCCAUGUUCAAUUAAGAUGUGUGUGUUCGAUGUUCUCCACCAUUUAGUAACUUACUUGUGGACUAAAAGGUAUAAGUGCUGUAUAAAGUCUGCAAAUUAUGUUAUGCUAACAUAUGUGCGAUGUAUUGUGGGCCUGCUAAAUAGAGGCACUUGUCAUGUUAUACUGUAGAUUCACUUGCUUUUUGUUAUCUUUUGUGACUUUUAAUUUAAAUGUACUAUAUAUAUUUUUUACCCCUCUUGCUCUCAGAUUUCCUCACUGGUUGGCCAUAUUUUGCUGACAUGUGGUUUUACCCUCACCAGAGUAUAUUGCUAUUUACCCCCUUGACUAAUUUUCAGAUUUCCUCCUCCCCCAGAAUUGUAUGAAUGUCUUAAUAAACUGAAAAUUGCUGUAAGUAUA